UUGGCCGAGUCUGCUUUUGUUUGUCUAGCUGAAGUGAAGAGGCUUCCGGAGCCAGGAGUUUUCAGAAGGAUAAAGCAAGACAGGUGGCAACAACCCAUUUGGCAAAACAUUUCUGUCGAUAAGGAAAUGGAUGAUGCUAUUGUUCUAAGAAGCACAUUCUCAUUUCACUUAGGACUUUAAACCAAGCCAGAAUUCACUUCGGUCACAUACUGCAAGUCAGAUUGAGAGGCAAAAAACAAAAGCAAGAAAAAAGAUAAACCAACCAAAUUUGCGGAGAUGGCUUCCAUGACCAUGGCAGCCUCCUUCCUCACUGGCUCAGCCUCAACCAUCACCAAACCUUCUACAGCUCGCAGGAGUCUCAUUGUGGCCAAGGCUUCAAGUGCCCCAGAAGGAGAGAAGGGCAGCUUGGAAAUGAAGAACAGCAGCAGCAGCAGCAGCAGUGGGAGGAGGGAUCUGAUGUUUGCUGCUGCAGCUGCGGCUGCAUGCUCCAUAGCCAAGGCUUCCAUGGCCGAUGAGCCUAAGCGUGGGACAAAAGAAGCCAAGGAGAAGUAUGCUCCUGUUUGUGUCACGAUGCCUACUGCUCGUAUCUGCCGCAACUGAUGAGGGAUCAGUUUUAUGAUCAUUUGCUUUGAUUCAGUCACUUAUGGUGGUUGUAAUGUAAAAUUUGUAGAACUUGUAUGUUCUUUGUAUCUUUUCUUGGGACAAUCUAUUAAUUAAUCUGGCUUCUUCCUCUUCUUAUUC